CUUUCUUGAGCACUCAUCAAUUGAACGAAAAUUCCAACAAUCACACAUUGUUGUUAGUGUUGUACGCCAGUCAUUUCCAGGCUGCGCGUAGUUAGAAACCCGUUCAGGGGGGGAGCCCGAGAAUCCAAGUGAUAAGUAAAACCUUGAAUCACUCUCACAAGAGGCGACAAUGUACAAUCCUUGCCCUCUAGUCCGAAAAUCAGUGGUCUCUGGAUUUGGCCGGGUUAGACCCCAUCGCCCAGGGCCAUGGUCUACAAUCACUUUCAACAGCGCGAGACAGACCCGCCUCUGGUCGAGUGGGCUUCAAGUUGCAGUCGAAGAAGAUUCUUCAAAGGACAAGUCCGAGACAAGUUGGAAGAGUACUGCUUUCAAGAUGCUCGAGACAGCUGGAGCUACACUGGCAUCAAUAGCUAUUCUAGGCCUUGCUGGAUAUUCGUAUCACCGAUACUACAAGUAUCUUGUUUUGCACAAAAUCGAUAAUGCUUUCGAACCUGGGGAUCCGGCUUUGGAUGUUGCCGGGGCGUCACCUGGUAAGGAGGCGCCAGGUGCAGAACAUUGGGUUGUGCGAGAUGAACAAGACAAGAUCGAUCAGAUCAUUGCAGGACACUCUAAGGGGCACUAUUUUCUUCUAAUUGGCGAGAAAGGGACCGGUAAGACAUCGAUGCUCUUGAAUGCCAUGCGUAAAAUCAACGGAGCACGAGUUGCAAUGUUCGAAGCCCAUGCAGAUCUUGAAAUCUUCCGUGUACGUCUAGGGAAAGCCCUAGACUACGAGUACCAUGAAGAUUACAUUGGUAGUUUUUUUAGUAUUCGAGGGCCACGUGACACCACGGCCCUACUCGACAUUGAGAGAGCCCUGAACAAGCUUGAAAAAGUGGCCUUACAGCGACGUCGCAAAGGAGAGUCCCCUUUGAUUGUUAUUGUUAAUAGCACGCAUCUAAUCCGGGAUGACGACGACGGUCGCGAUUUAUUGGAGUUGAUGCAGCAACGAGCUGAGCAGUGGGCUGCCAGCAACCUCGUCACAAUGGUCUUCAACAGUGACGACUACUGGGUAUACGAACGUCUGAAGAGAUAUGCAACUCGCAUGGAAACAAUUCCCGUUCCAGAUCUGCCCAAGCAGAAAGCCAUGGUCGCGUUAGCCAAUUACAGGAAGAGAUACCAUGGAGAAGUAGUUUCUGAUGAUACGUUGGCUCUGGUCUAUGAUCAAGUUGGCGGCCGCUUGUCCUUCCUCAACCGAGUUGCCAAGUCGCAUGAUAUGUUGCAGACAUGCAAGGACAUUUGCGAGGCUGAAAAAUCCUGGCUUCUCAAUCGCUGCUGGAUUCUUGGUGCAGAAAUGGAUGACGAUGUGAUGGAUGAACAGAAAUAUUCUUCUGCAGCAUUGGUCCUUGCCAAGGCUCUUGUUGAUCAAGAACAGGAGAUGGAUUCAAUUUAUGACGAUGAACAUGGACAUAUUUUACCCCAAAUGCCACUUCACAAGGCCCGACAGGUGAUGACGCGGGCUGAUUUUAUUCAGAGCUACGAUCACGACAACAUCUUUACCAUCGAUUCAAAGGCUAUGGUACGAGCUGAUUCCGUGCCAAUGCAACACGCUUUUCGGGCAAUUUGCUCGGAGCCUGGUUUCGAUGAUCAUCUUGAGAAGACCUUGACUCGUAUUGGAGAUAUUGAAAGCCUUGGAAGAACCAGAGAGCUUACCAUCAAAGACCUUUGGGAUCAGGGCAAGUAUAGAGUGGUCGUACGUGAUAACAGAGGCCGAGAGUCGGGUACUGUCGAGUUCUCUGUCAAGGAGAAGGAAGGGGAAGACGGUGAUGAUUAGCUACGUAUAGAUGUUAGAAUACCCCAUGAAUCGAUUAUACGCCGAUGCCCUCCCG